AUGUUUUCACAUCGGGAACGACCGAGUUCACUUUUCUUUAUUUCCUCGAAUAUAUCUUCGUUCAUCCUCACGGUUGCCACAACCAUUCUCCUUCUUUCCUUUCACUCUCAUCACGGCGCGAUCGUUGAUGGAUCAUCCUCUCAAAAUUCUGCUGAAUUCAUCAGAACCAACACGUAUGAUACCAUCAUGAUGAUGAAUAGUGCCAUGAUGAUGAAAACCCUCUCCGCAAGUAUUCCUUCCUAUAACUUUACUUUUGGUGGAAGACUCACUACCACCGACUUGUUACAACAAAUUAUGGCUUCUAAUAGAAGUACUAGUGGCUCUUCUCGGGAAUCAGCUCUCGCAACUAUUGCUUCUCAAUUCUAUGCAUUCAGACUUCCAGUCCGAUUUUCUAAUAAUUUAAAUUCAAAUGUACUCUCGGAACGUAUUGAAGUGAUUGCCUUUGAUAAAUCUAAUGGUAAUAUUUAUCUCAUCGUGAAUAGUUACAAUGUAGAGUCAUACUUUUAUGGAAAGAAUGCUUCUUCAAGCGGUUCUGAUAGUACUAUCUAUCCAUUGUUUUCGGAAAUGAUGUCUCCCUAUUUCCCAACUGCUUUUGAUGGCAAGAGUUUUGUAUUGAUUUUUGAGCCCAAUGGUUAUGCCAAUAUUUUGAAACAGAGUGAUAAUGCAACUAGUUGUCGAACGGUACUUCAUAUGCCAUCUUUUAAAAUGUUUUCUCCGGUGAAUGUGAGAAAUCAAUUCGUAAUUUCCAAUGUUUAUGGAAUGGGUGGAAUUCAAGUGAUGAAUAAGGAAAGUGGGGAAUGUCUUACUUUCAAUAAUGAAGGAUAUCUCAAUAAUUUAAUGGCAACAUUUAGUGCAUGCAACAAGACGAAUCCAAACCAAUUAUUUGUUUGGACAGGUGCAUAUUUGGUUCCAAAAUAUCCAACCAAUGACAAUAUGUAUUAUGCUCUGAAAAGAGAUUUUGCAUUUGGAACGUCAUUCUUACCAUUUUCAUCGGGAUUUCGAUAUAUUCGAAUGACCAUGCAAUUUGUGACACCAGCCAAUUAUGAUCUUGUUCGUUCUGAUAAGAUUUUGAAUUUUACAGACUCUAACAUUGAACAAUUUUAUAAGGAAAAUACGCUUUUAAUUGACGACAAUUUGAAGGGAAACAUUACGGCUCUAAUUUCUCAAGCGCUUAACUCGAGUAUUAUUUCACAACUGGCUUUCAGGUGGUCUGGUGCAAGAUCCAUUUCAAUGCUCUGUUCGAUGAACCUUGUUGCUUUGGCGACAGUGAUGGUGGCAUUGCUGGUGUAA